AUGAACCAAGCUGCAGAAGCGCCUGUUGUUACUGAAGCUGUUGAUGAAGAGCAAGAUCAGAAUGCGAACAUCAACAACAAUGAUGACAAUCCAAUUCCAGCCAACAUGGGCAUGGAUGAUCCCCGCCGCAAUCGACUGACCCCUGAAGAAUUCGAGUUUGGGAAGCAACUCAAGGAUGCGGUGGAAAUGAUGCCUGAUUUGGAAAAUAUGACCGAUUUCAUGUAUGCUCAGUACGGUGUUGUUGUAAAGAAUGACAUUGACAAUGCCAUCCGCCGAGCACUUGGAGUGCAAGAGUUCAAGAAAGAGUACAAGAUUUUAGACACGUAUGAAGAAGGAUGUCGCUGUCUUGAGAAACUAUUUGAGCUCAUGCCAGGCCAACACCUUGGGUUCAGUUUCAGUCAACAGGAAGGAACCUAUGUCUUUGCCCAUGAUGCCCCCAAGCUGGAUUCAACAAGGCUGAAUACUCCUGAAAAGGUUGAUGAUUGGCUUCGAGGAGGCUAUUAUAUCCAUACUGCAUUUUGUCCUGAUAUGGACUCUAUUCGAAAAGGCAUUAUUUGUCUGGCAGAAUGUGAAGGUUGGGACUGGACGAAAAAGCAGGACCUGAAAACCUUUCAGAAGUUCUUUUCCGAGCUCUUGACAGUCUAUCCUUUCAAUGGACAGCUCAGGCUUUUCCACACGAGCACCACUGUGAACAUAAUGGCGACCUUAUUGCGACAAAUUUUGCCCACCCAUUUAAGAAGCACCUUCAAGACCGGUCUCACAUUUGAGGGCCGGUUGGAUGAGUUUUUUCUGGUUCCAGACGCCAAAACGGCCAAUCAACGAAUGCUAGCUCGUUUAAAGGCAACCUUGAAGCGCCGGUAUGAUCAUGAGAAAUCCUUCUCAUUGAAAGGAAACUGCUGA